AAAAAUUAAAUAAUACUUGUAAAACACGUUCCGUUAUUUUUUAGUCAUUGCUUUGUAAAUUGUUAUUGUUUUUAGAUGCCUUUACAUAGGGUUGUGACGUUAUCGAGGUUGGUUACUCAAUGCAGCCGGUCCAGUUCACUUUUGUUGAGUAAAACCCAGCAAUCCUACACUUGCAGAUUCAUCACUCUAGAAAACCCAAAACAUGGCAACCUUAAAAAUGAGAAACUGCGAACGUACAUUGUCGAACGAUACAUCCAAUAUGUCAAAGGUUACACUAAAGUGCUGGAAAACAGGUUCCCGAGAGCCAUGCAAAUGUACAGGGUAUUCAGCAUUGGCAUUAAGGAUUUCCUGAAAGAUUUGAAGACGUAUAUUGGUUUACGGAUAAAAGUGGCCAGGGAGCAGGGAUUCAGCAAUAUGAGUCGGCAGGAUAUUGAGCUGUAUCUGAAAAUGCCUUCAGACAUGUUGAGGAUAGCACCGGUGUUAAUAUUGUCCGCCAUACCCUUCGGGAACUAUGUUAUAUUUCCUUUAGCCUUCCUUAAACCGAGGAAACUUCUCUGCUCGCACUUCUGGUCGAUCCAGCAACGCGCUGAAUUCACCACACAAGAGCUGACCGAACGACUCCGAAACAACAAGCCCGUAUUCAGAGCACUGCAGGCAAAAUUGGACUCUAUCCCUGACAGCGAUUUGAAGGACAAAUGGGCGCGAGUUAUUGGGCUGUUAGGGUCGGGAGUCCAUCCGUCGACGCUGGAGAUACUGGCUUGUAAGGAACUGUUUGCGAAGGAGCCUUAUAGUCUGAAUAGUUUGACCUAUACACACACAGGCCACCUACUAAAAAUGUACGGCCAAAGGCGCGGUAUUUUCCGGGUCUCCAAACUCAAGUAUAGAGCAUUCAUGUUCCUCCAAUUAGACCAAGCGAUCCUCCGCGAAGGGGGCGUCAACGAGCUGUCAACCGAAUCCUUAAGAUACGCCUGCCACUUGCGGGGCCUAAAUAGUAGCUAUUUGACUAACAAAGACAUGAGGAAGUGGUUAGAGAAGUGGCUGUCCAUAUCGCAACAUGUGGAUAAAAGCACGUAUUCGCUGCUGCUGCACUGUCCUAUAUUCUUAGCUUACAACCAUCCACAGAAUUGGAUGUUGAUAUAUUAGAGGUCUUUGGUGUUGAU